AUGCGUGGAAUUGACGCUCUUGCCUUCCUGGCCGCCAUUGGUGCCGCUCACGGCCAGAGCACGGUCGGAUUCGGCCCUUACUUUUCUCUGGGCCCUACUCAGUCGUGGAUCAGGGAGGCCAACACCACCUUGGUUCUGCCCGAGGCUCCUAGCCCCCAGAAGGACCGUCUUGCUCUCUGGCCCGGCAUGGGUACAAGCGGUGGUGAUCUGAUCCAGGCCCUCGCUGUUUCGUUCUCUGACCCCAACUCCUCUGGACAGUGGUGUACCUGGGCUAGCACCCUUGAAGGUACGCAACUGGGUGGCAAGGAAGUCCCGGCUUCUGCUGGCGACAAGGUGACCAUGCACUGCUCGGGACAAGCCCAGGGCUGGGGCACGGCAGUUGAGUGCCAGGAUGAUGCGUGCCAGAGCACCGCAGGAGCUCACAAGUACCUUGACACCACCAUUAUCCUGAACGCCGAGGAUAACUCUUUUGGCGACACCUUGUCUAUCAACGAGGCCAGCUCCUCCGGACUGUCGACCUCGGAUAACGGCAAGACUUGGACUGUGUCGACCAUCAACAUCGACUCGCACACCUACAACCUCUACGAAAAAUGCACGCGCUGGUGA